AUGCUGAUUACAGCGCUGCUGAGCUGUGCCCUGCUGUCGGCACUGCCUGCCAUGCACGGGGCCCAGGUGGGCAUGCCUCCUUUGGCAGGCAUCAGAAGGCUCGGCCAGGCCCUGUUCCCAGAGCUCACAGGCCUGGGCUUUCAGACCCCGCUGAGGAGGACGAAGGUGGAGCUGGCAGAAGAGGAUCUGCUGCCGGAGGCUGAGGCGCUGGCAGAGGUGUUAGACCCGCAAGCCCGGGAGCCUCGCUCCCCUCGCCGCUGCGUCAGGCUGCACGAGUCCUGUCUGGGGCAGCAGGUGCCAUGCUGCGACCCGUGUGCCACGUGCUACUGUCGCUUCUUCAACGCCUUCUGCUACUGCCGCAAACUGGGCACUGCCAACAACCCCUGCAGCCGCACCUAG